CAGAGUGCCGCGGUGAGUGCGAGCGUGACACAAGGACGCAACUCGGCCGCGCAGCGGAGGUCCAGUCGCAGUUCGCUCAUGGUCGGGAAAAACAUCGGGGCGCUCGAGGAGACACCCGCGCCGGCAAGUAUGCCGGAAGUGAACAGGGAGUUUUCCCUGGAAUCGCAACUCGACCGCUUGCAGAACGUGUUUGGGCGGGCGUUACAGGAC